AAUUGAGAAAUAAGAGCCCAUUGCGAUGAGUGGGCCAGAAUUACGAAAGCACGUUCACAAUACCAACGGGUCGGAUCCUCACGAAACCCGCGAGCCGCGGCGUUUUCAUCAAGAAAAGAAUAUCAAUUUCUUCAACUACCUAAUCCAUACCAUAUUAAUUGUCGGCGAUCGGUGAGGACACGUGAAGUUUUUCUCCAUCGAAAACCUUGAUUCUCUUCUCCACAAACACUGAGCUCCAACAAUGGCGGGGGUGCCGAUGAAGGUUUUCGGUUGUUUUCUCUUUGCUCUGUGUCUACUUGUGCCUUUGAUUUCCGCCAAGGCAACUGACGUUAAUUAUUGCGAUAAGAAGGCUAAUUAUAUUGUCAAGGUGAAUGGACUCGACAUAGAUCCAUAUCCAAUUUCCAAAGGCAAAAAUACCACGUUCGCAAUUUCUGCAACUACUGGUCAAACAAUCACUGGUGGGAAACUCGUGAUUGAUGUUUCAUAUUUUUGGUUUCACGUCCACAGCGAGGAUCGUGAUCUCUGUCAAGAUACUUCAUGUCCGGUAGAUGUUGGUGAUUUUAUCGUCUCUCACACCCAGGAAUUACCCGGAUACACCCCACCUGGUUCGUACACUCUGACAAUGAAAAUGGUGGAUGGGAACAACAACCAGUUGACAUGCAUUACAGUUGACUUCAGCAUCGGUUUCAUAGCAGAAGAGAAGUUGGCUGAUAUGUAAAUGCUCGAGAAUAUUCCUAUAUUUCCUGGCUUUAAUGUAUAGAAGACUUGUUUCUAUGUAUGAUGUCCGAACCCUUUCACGUUUGAGUAUCUGUGUAUGUACGCCGACGGUAAAGACUUUUAAUAAAUUUUAGAUCCCCA